AAAGCGGAGGCGCCAGAGUCUGAUCGUCUGCUGGGGCUGCUUAAGGUUCUUCGCCGCCAUGGGGAAGCGACAACACCAAAAGGAUAAGAUGUACAUCACCUGCGCUGAGUACACGCACUUCUAUGGCGGUAGGAAGCCAGAUAUCACACGGACAAGUUUUCGCCGCUUACCUUUUGACCACUGUAGUCUCUCCCUGCAGCCUUUUGUCUACCCAGUCUGCACUCCAGAAGGUGUUGUCUUUGAUUUGCUGAACAUUGUUCCAUGGCUUAAGAAGUAUGGUACCAAUCCCAGCAAUGGAGAGAAACUUGAUGGGAAGUCCUUGAUCAAGCUGAACUUUGCAAAGAACAGUGAAGGGCAGUACCACUGUCCAGUGCUGUACUCGGUGUUCACUGACAACACUCAUAUUGUGGCUAUCAGGACAACUGGCAAUGUCUACACCUAUGAGGCAGUGGAGCAGCUAAAUAUCAAGGCCAAGAACUUGAGGGACUUAUUGACUGAUGAGCCCUUUUCCAGGCAAGACAUCAUCACCCUGCAGGACCCUACCAACCUGGACAAAUUCAAUGUUUCCAACUUUUUCCAUGUGAAGAAUAACAUGAAAGUCAUAGAUCCAGAUGAGGAAAAGGCCAAACAGGAUCCAUCUUAUUACUUGAAAAAUACGAAUGCUGAGACCCGAGAGACACUACAGGAGCUCUACAAAGAGUUCAAAGGAGAUGAGAUUUUAGCAGCCACCAUGAAGGCACCUGAGAAGAAGAAGGUGGACCAACUGAAUGCUGCCCACUAUUCCACAGGAAAGGUCAGUGCGUCCUUCACCUCCACUGCCAUGGUACCUGAGACCACGCAUGAAGCAGCUGUCAUUGAUGAGGAUGUUCUACGCUACCAGUUUGUGAAGAAGAAGGGCUAUGUGAGGCUGCACACCAACAAGGGCGACCUUAACCUAGAGCUGCACUGUGACCUGACACCAAAAACGUGUGAAAACUUCAUCAAGCUCUGCAAGAAACAGUAUUAUGAUGGCACCAUCUUUCAUAGGUCCAUCAGGAACUUUGUGAUCCAGGGCGGUGACCCCACAGGUACAGGCACAGGUGGAGAGUCCUACUGGGGCAAGCCUUUCAAAGAUGAGUUCCGCCCCAACCUCUCCCACACAGGCCGUGGGGUGCUCAGCAUGGCCAACUCAGGGCCCAACACCAACAAGUCUCAGUUCUUCAUCACGUUCCGCUCCUGUGCUUACCUGGAUAAGAAGCACACCAUCUUCGGACGGGUUGUUGGGGGUUUUGACACGCUGACAGCUAUGGAGAAUGUGGAGAGUGACCCCAAAACUGACCGUCCUAAGGAGGAAAUACGCAUAUGUGCAACCACGGUGUUUGUGGACCCCUAUGAGGAGGCUGAUGCCCAGAUUGCCCAGGAGCGGAAGAAGACACAGCAGCAAGUGGAUCCAGAGGCCAAGGUCAAGACGAGCCAGCCCCAGCCUGGAAACCAGGGCCCCCAGACAUACCGCCAGGGGGUGGGCAAGUACAUCAACCCAGCAGCCACGAAGCGAGCUGCAGAGGAAGAACCAUCAACCAGCACAGCUGUCCCCAUGGCCAAGAAGAAGCCCAGCCGGGGCUUUGGGGACUUCAGCUCCUGGUAGCAGCAGGCUGGUCUCAUGGAUCCUGGCCACACUCCCGGGAGCCUGGGUCCUCAAGGGCUCUGGAGCCUUGGCACAUCCUUUGCUCCCAGUGGAUGCUGCAGAAGUUGUGGUCAUCCCUCUGCAGAGAGGCCUCACCUCCGAGACGGCAAGUGCGCUGCAGACCUUGCUGUCUGACGUCAGCAGCUCUGUUUCUGUCACUCACAGACGUCACCAAGGGCUGGCAGCUUUGGCCAGGCGACAGGGGAGCCACGGGUGCUUUGUAUGCUUGAGCUUGGUGACCCUGCUACUCACGGCGAGCUCCCAGUUGCUUCCAGGUCGCUGUCUGGUCAGCCUUACCCAGCAACCUACACUUGUCCAAGGGGGCAGCUGUGUCCUCUUCUGCUCUUGUCCUCUGGGAGAGAGGACAGGACCCACCAGGACUUACAUUUCCACGGGUUGUGUAGAGCUUAAAUGGCAGCUUUUUAGACAGUAAUGACGCUUGGGCUCUGAAAACUGCCUCACGAGGUCAUCAGAAAAUAAAGGUGACGCUUGGGCUCUGAAAACUGCUUCACGAAGUCACCAGAAA